UAUUUGCCACGUUAAAAAUUGAAACGCAGUGAUUUAGGGUUUCUCAAUUCUCAUCAAACUCGAGUAAGAGGGUUUUCGACUAGUGCGGCUAAACAAACUCUCUUCACCUCUGCGAAAUCCCCAAACCCUACCAUGGCUGAACAAACUGAGAAGGCUUAUCUGAAGCAACCUAAAGUGUUUCUAUGCUCGAAGAAAUCUGGGAAAGGAAAGAGGCCUGGUAAAGGCGGAAAUCGGUUUUGGAAAUCUGUUGGUCUUGGAUUUAAGACUCCCAAGGAAGCCACUGAAGGAACCUAUAUUGACAAGAAGUGCCCUUUCACUGGCAAUGUUUCCAUCCGAGGUCGUAUUAUAGCUGGAACUUGCCACAGUGCUAAGAUGAAUAGGACUAUUAUUGUUAGGAGGAAUUAUCUUCACUUUAUUAAGAAGUAUCAAAGAUAUGAGAAGAGACAUUCUAAUAUCCCUGCUCAUGUAUCACCCUGCUUCCGUGUUAAAGAAGGAGAUCAUGUUAUUAUUGGCCAAUGCAGGCCACUCUCCAAGACAGUGAGGUUCAACGUCUUGAAAGUGAUCCCAGCUGGAUCAUCAAGUGGUGCUAAGAAGGCAUUUGGUGGAAUUUGAGAUGUGUUGAAGGAAUUCUGGUUUCUGUAUGGUGACUAGUAUUAAAACCUGUUCAAUUUUGUUUUGUUAUUGAAGUUAAAGUUGAAGGAUUUUGAUUAUGGUUAUGAAAUAUUAGUAGCAUUUAUAUUGAAUUUUGACUUCAAACAAGAAUUGUUUCACUUCUUCUAAAGGUUAUAAAAGACACAAGUAAUCUAUGUAACGCCGACACUUUAGAAAA